GGGGGGGUGACUUGACUACCCUUGACGCUUUGAGGAUUUGCCGGAUGGCCAACCAUCCGAAGGGGCAAGAAGGGGAUCAUGAGAAUCAUGAGAAUCAUGGCAAUCAUGGCAAUCAUCAUCGACAGAUACCAUGGCUUGUUGUUGGAUCGCCGUCUGGGAAGAACGGGUGUAGAGUAUAUAUACCUAGGCAGAGAAUGAUCUUCGUGCAGGUAGUGAUCACCUUAUGAUUAGUUGUAUGAUCGUAUUUCUGGUAGAUCAUCCAUAUUUCCCUCCUUUUUUUCUCUUCUCUUCUCUUCGCUGUGCGAUGCCCUAGUGGCAGUCUUAUUUGUUCCAUUCUUUAAUUAACUAUCAGUUUAUUACAGUCCUUUGAUAGGCUUUCUUAUCCGUUCAUUCUUGCUUCUGGAAAGCCAACCCGUUCAAUCAUGUAUUUCACGUAUGCUUGUACCGCCCUUCUGGGUCUAUCAUCACUCGUUGCCUCAGUUCCCACAGACAGGUCUCUCACACCGGCAUCGAGACGGGGGUUGAAGUGGAAGCCUAAGCGGGCUCCACUUACUAUCCAGCAGAUCGUGCAAGAGACCAACAUCAUCAUCGUCCAAGACAACCAAGCAGAGCUAGAUGCACUGCAGAGACUGGCCGAGCAACAGUUUGCUCAGCUCGUGCAGGCAGAGGUCGCUCUCAUCACCCAGCUGGAAGCGGUUAAGAAUAACAUCCGAGUCAACCAUUUCAAGGCCCGUUUCUCACAAGUGAACGUCGUGAUCGUCACAGUCUCGACUCUAGUCGACAGCCGCGCGGGGCAGGACAAGGGGAACAGAUACAUGGUGAACCAGCUCCUCGUCGACAACGGCAAGCCCGACAACCAAGUCAUGGUCAUGGUCUCCGACGCGCAAACAAUGACGAUCGGGGCCUCGCAAACCGUAGACCUCGCCGGCGUCGCCGGCGCAACCGCCGUCGUGUCCCAGGCCACCGGAGCCCCCGCCGCCAUCGUCGACGCGGACCCGGCCGCGCCCUACGGCAAAGCCAACAGCAACGAGAGCCUGAUCCUGCCGAUCGGCGCCCAGGCGCCGGCCAUCGACCUCGUGUUCGCGGACCCGGCGGCCAUCAUCCUGCCGAACCAGGACAAUCUGUUUGUCGAGAGCACGGGAUCGUUCCUCCAGGACUGCGGGUUUUACCAGUCUAAUAACAAUGCGUUUUUGAACAUCCAGCUGGGGUCUUUUGCUUCGUUCCAGGAGGUGGUGGCGCCGGAGGUGUCGAUUGUGAAGCAGAAGCAGAAGCAGGAUCAGGAGGAGGUUAAUGUGGCUGUGUAG